AUGUUUUCAUCUACUUUUUACCGAACUACUCAACUAGGCUUUACUCUUCUACGCCAUAAACUAACCCAAACUCAUUUAACCUCUAAUUUUCGUUAUCCGGCUCUUAGUUUUAUUAGCGCGAGCUCUACUCGUAGUAAAGUUACUAGUUUAAAGUCUCAGCCAUCGAUAACACCACCAUCACCCAGCGAUGUAUUUCUUCAAGGCAGUGCUGCAAGCAUUGAAGAAAUGUACGAAGAAUGGCUAAAAAAUCCUAAUUCCGUUCAUUUAUCCUGGCAAGUGUAUUUCAAAAAUAUCCAUGCUGGUGUGAAUCCUCGUCAUGCCUAUCAACCUCCUCCAACAAUUGUGCCAAGUGGAGCUCCCAUUUCGGUCACACCAGGAGGCACUUAUGGAAUAAAUGAUCAUAUGAAGGUACAACUUUUAGUAAGAGCUUAUCAAGUUCGUGGACAUCAUCUUGCAAAAUUGGAUCCUCUAGCCAUUAUGAAUGCUGAUUCUAAAUUUUCAAAAGAACUUGAUCCGAUGCAUUAUGGAUUCUCAAAAGAAGAUCUUAAUAAGCAAUUUUCAUUAGGACCUGGAAUAUUACCUCAAUUUGCUCAAGGCGGUGAAAAAAAGACUCUUCGAGAAAUUAUUGAAUAUUGUGGUCCGAUUGGUAUUGAAUAUAUUCACAUUCCUUAUCGAGUUCAGUGUGAUUGGAUUCGUACUCGAGUAGAAAUUCCAAUACCAUAUAACUAUACAACCGAAGAAAAACGCAUGAUUCUUGACAGAUUAAUAUGGUCAAAUUCAUUCGAAAAAUUUGUAGCUUCAAAAUAUCCAACUGAAAAAAGAUUUGGUUUGGAAGGAUGUGAAAUUUUAAUUCCUGGCAUGAAAGCUUUGAUUGAUCGAUCUGUUGAUCUUGGAAUAGAAUCAAUUGUGCUUGGAAUGGCUCAUCGUGGUCGAUUAAAUGUGCUUAGUAAUGUAGUUCGAAAACCGAAUGAGUCUAUAUUUUGUGAAUUUGGUGGGUCUGCAAAUUCUUCUGGUGAAGGUUCGGGUAUGAAUUAUGACAGACCAACACCAUCCGGAAAACGUGUACACCUUUCUCUCGCUGCUAAUCCAUCUCAUUUGGAAGCUGUGAAUCCUGUUGUAUUGGGCAAAGUUCGUGCUCUACAACAUUACACAGGUGAUGAAAAAGAACGACAUCGUUCUAUGGCUGUUUUACUCCAUGGUGAUGCAUCAUUCGCUGCACAGGGUGUAGUAUAUGAAACAAUGGGUUUUCAUGAUUUACCAUACUAUACAACUGGGGGUACUAUCCAUAUAGUUAUAAAUAAUCAAAUAGGAUUUACUACUGAUCCCCGAUUUGCACGUUCAACACCGUAUUGUACUGAUAUAGCGAAAGUAGUUAAUGCUCCUAUUUUUCAUGUGAAUGGAGAUGACGCUGAGGCUGUAACUUUUGUAUGCCAAUUGGCUUCUGAUUGGAGACAAACUUUCAAAAAGGAUGUUGUUAUAGAUUUAGUUUGUUAUCGUAAACACGGUCAUAAUGAAGUUGAUCAACCUAGCUUCACACAGCCAAGAAUGUAUAAACAAAUUGCUAAACAAAAUUCAACACUUGAAAUUUAUAUCGAAAAACUUUUAAAUGAAGGUACAUUCACAAUUGAUCAAAUUAAUAAACAUAAGCAGUGGGUAUGGGAUACAUUAGAAGAAAGUUAUAAUAAGAGCAAAGAUUAUGUGCCAACUAGUCGUGAAUGGCUUUCUAAAAUUGCUGAAAAAAUUACUCCUGUUUAUUCAACUGGUUCUUCUCUUGAAUCACUUCAACAUGUCGGUGAUGUUAUUAGUUCUUAUCCAAAAAAAUUCAAUAUACACCCUGGUCUUGAUAAAAUAUUCAAAGUUCGUGCUAAAUCCACAGAAAGUGGUGAAAAUAUCGACUGGCCCACUGCCGAGGGUCUUGCUUUUGGAUCAUUACUUCUUGAAGGAAAACAUAUCCGUCUAUCUGGUCAAGAUGUAGAACGUGGCACUUUCUCACAACGUCAUUCUGUUCUUCAUGAUCAAGAAAAUGAAACUCAAUAUACACCAUUAAAUCAUUUACGUCACGGUCAAGCUCCAUUUGUAGUAUGUAAUUCUUCCUUAUCAGAAUUUGGUGCCCUUGGUUUUGAACUUGGAUACUCUCUCGUAAAUCCAAAUUCUCUUAUAUUGUGGGAAGGACAAUUUGGUGAUUUUUGCAAUAAUGCGCAGUGCAUUAUUGAUCAAUUCAUUGCAGCUGGCGAAAAGAAAUGGCUUCAGCGUACCGGUUUGGUAAUCUUACUACCUCAUGGUUAUGAUGGACAAGGUCCUGAACAUUCAAGCGGACGUCUUGAACGAUUCCUUCAACUUUGUGAUGAUCAUCCAUAUGUUUUUCCCACUCCGGAAAAAAUGGCACGUCAACACCAAGACUGUAAUAUGCAAGCUCUUCUUAGACACCCUAUGGCUCGUUCUAAACUUGAUGAAAUGAUUGGUGAAACUUAUUUUGCUCGAUAUAUACCAGAACCACAUCCAGACACGCUUGCCGCACCGGAGAAAAUCACUCGUCAUGUCUUAUGCUCUGGACAAGUAUAUUAUACUCUUUUAAGAGCUCGUGAACAAAACAAGAUGGAUCAUGUGGCAAUUUCUAGGAUUGAACAACUGUCCCCAUUCCCGUAUGACUUGUUAGCACAGCAUGUUGACAAGUAUCCAAAUGCACAGCUUGUAUGGGCUCAAGAAGAACCUUUGAAUUCGGGAGCAUGGGCUUCUAUACCGGCAACUCGUCCACCUUCAGCUUCUCCUGCAACAGGAAACAAAAAACAACAUAUCCAAGAAGAACAUGAUUUAUUAUCCCAAGCUCUUAUUGGAAAAACUUUAAAACCAAAAGAUGUUGUUUCUGGAGUACCA